AUGGCUCACUCGUCGGACCCGUCCCGCAGGGAGAAGACCGCCGGCACCCGAGGGUCACACGCGGCUACACGCAACCUCUUACGGAAGAAGGAGCAGCGGCGGCGUGGAAUCCGAUCCUCCUCGCCCAUGGGCCGGGUCAUCCUCAUCAACUCCCCUGUGGAUGGUGGCGACGACAGCGAGGACCUCCAUACGAUCACGGUGGACAAGAACGUGGACGGCAAGCUGGGCUUCAGCGUGCGCGGGGGCUCAGAGCACGGCCUCAGCAUCUUCGUCAGCAAGGUGGAGGACAACAGCACAGCAGAGGAGGCCGGCCUGCUCGUCGGUGACAAACUGGUGGAGGUGAAUGGCGUCAGCCUGGAGAGCAUCACGAUGAGCAGCGCCGUGAAGGUCCUGACGGGCAACAACAGGCUGAGGAUGGUGGUGAGGCGCGUCGGCAAAGUGCCGGGCAUCCUCUACUCCAAGGAGAAGACCACCUGGGUGGAUUUGAUACACAGGCGUAUGGUGGUGGAGGAGAGCGGACGGACACCUUCGGUCGCCAGCUCUGGAAGCGCCCUCCAAAGGAUCGUCCACCUGUCCACCACCUCCGACGACUACUACCUGGGCUUCAACAUCCGGGGGGGGAAGGAGUUUGGCCUGGGCAUCUAUGUCUCCAAACUGGAUCCGGGUGGCCUGGCGGAGCAGAACGGGAUAAAGAUGGGGGACCAGAUCCUGGUGGCCAAUGGCGUGAGCUUGGAGGACAUCAGCCACAGCAGCGCUGUGGAGGUGCUGAAGAGCCAAACGCACGUCAUGCUGACCAUCAAGGAAGCGGGACGAUACCCUGCUUAUAAAGAGAUGGUGGCGGAGUACAGGUGGCUCAAUAAGCUCGCCAACGGUACUCAGAAAUCUUCGUCCCAGGGGUCGGAGUCCAACUCCUCGGCCUCCUCUCUGUCGUCCGGGACGCCGGUCAGCUCCCUGAGCGGCCUGUCGCAGCUCAUGUUCCCUCCCAGCAUGCCGUUCGGGUCGGACAUGGUGGACGUCUGCAUCUCCACCGAGGACCAGAGGUCAGGGUCGGACCGGACCGAGACCGCCAUGCAGACGGACCUCCCCGAAACCACGCGCAGCCUGGGGCGAACCACUCUGCUCAGAGACACGGUGAUCCGCGGAGAGGAGGAGGAGGAGGAGGAGGAGGAGGAGGAGGUGAAGGUGAAGGGCGGCGGGAGGCAAGAGUCCCCCAAGACGGCCGUGCUGCUGGCUCUCAGCCGACCGAGCCGACCGAUCAGCAGGUCCCAGAGCCAAGUCACCGUGGCAGAGGUCAAGGAGGAGAAGAAGCAGAAGGGGAAGCACCCGGAGGUGGAGAGCACGCUGCAGCGCUCGAAGACCUUCGUCAACUCUCUAUUCAAGGGUGGACGCAAGAGGGACACGUCCAGGGGCCGGUCCAAGUCCCCGUCCAAAGGGGGACGACCGGUGGGCGCGACGCCAAAUCCGGAGAUGCUCGGCGCGGUGGAGGACAUGGCCCGCAGGCUGCUGACCGAGGGGGAGGCGGCCGCCGUGAUGAAGACGUGCCGAAGGUACUUGGCAGAGCGGUCGGUGGAGAACUUGAUCCGCCACCUGCUGGCCGUGCUGGACCGACCUGAGAAGCUGCUGCUGCUGAGGGAAGUUCGGAUGCUGCUUCCUCCUCCCGAUCUGAGUGCAUUCAAUAACGUGGUGACCCCCGUCGAGGUCGAGGCCUACGACAUCCUCAAGUAUCGCUCAAUCCAAACUUCUCCUCUUCGCUCUCCCACAUCCGGCCGAGCACCCAAACGGCGCCUCAUCACUCCCAUCCCGGAUUUCAGGGGAGGCUUCGAGCUCCACAACGCUGAGGAGGUGGAGAAGGAGGGCCACCUGCUGGAUGAGCUGGAGAAGCUGAGUGUGUCCGGGCCCCGGGGAACCAGGGACAGGCCCCCUCUCUCCAGGUGCUUCACCCCGCUGCUGGACAUACCCGUGGACGGGUACGACACCGAGCCCAGAGAUGUCCGGCCCCCGUCCGCCGGCGCCGCGCCGCUCCCCAACUGGCUGCUGGCCCGCGGCCAAGACUCUCGCCCUCCUCUCCGGACGGACAUCGGCACCAUUCGCUCCGUCCACUUCGACGAGGUGUCGCUGCACUCGACCUCGGAGAGGGGACGGUCCCCGUUCAGAAACGGCCACUCCGAAGGCCCAAAGGAGAAAAGUGGAGGGCGGAGUGAAGAUGGCGUGUUCACGCUGCAGGGCGCCGCUCGCGGGAGUCGGCCCUCGUUGGCGCAGGUGUUCAGACCGCGUCCGGACCAGGUGAACGGGCAUCGGGCGUCGGCUCGAAGCGGACUCGACGGCGCUGAGCCCGAGCGGGACUACGAGCUCAAAACCGUCAGCAUCUCCAAGACCAAACAGUCUCUGGGCAUCAGUAUAUCUGGUGGGAUGGAGUCGAAGGUUCAGCCGGUGGUGAAGAUCGAGAAGAUCUUCCCUGGAGGAGCUGCCUCCACCUGUGAAGUGCUCAAGGCUGGAUUCGAGUUGGUGUCUGUGGACGGAGUGUCGCUGCAAGGCGUGACCCACCCGCACGCCGUCGACAUCAUCCGGAAAGCCUUCAGCCACAAGGCCAGAGACCCCAUGGUGUUCGUGGUCAAAGUCCCCAAACACGUUUUGAAAGGAGACUUGAGACUCUCGUCGUGA